AUGGAAAUAAGCGACUUGGAGCCAAUAGCCCGAAGUGGCGCUGAAUUAGAGGCUCAAAGGAAGCAAGUGACUGCAAUUGAGGAACAGCUUGCUGCUAAAGAAGCGGAGUUGGAAAAAACGUCAGCGGAUUGGGAUAGUGCACUUUCUGCUGGCGUCGUUAGUCAAGCGCAGUGGGCAGCUAAUCGAGCGGCGGCUAACGAUGUUGCAAAGCUCAUUGCGAAAGCUCAGAAGAAAUUGACCGAGAGAGCAAAAAAAGUUGACCAGAUUGCUGGGGAGUUGGAUGCUGUUCAGAAAAAUGCUGCUGAAUUGAUCUGUGAACUUGAUGCAGCUCGUGAAUCAGAAGCCCUUUCUGCUGUACUAACAGUAGCUGAACCUGGAAAUCAGGCUGAAAAGUUGAAGCAAUUGAAAGAUAGUCUAAAAAAUACUGGGAAGAGGGUAGAUGACUUUGUUUCUGACUGCAAAAUACUCAUCCGAACUGCUGGCCCUGACACUGACACUGCUGAAUUGGAUAGUUAUCUUCAAAAUGUGUGUGAAAAAUGGUCGCAAGUAUCGACUAGUCUGGCUUCUAAAGAAAGAGAGGUGGAUGCCGCUAUGCAGCAGCUCGGACGUCAUCUUCAAAAUGUAUGUGAAAAAUGGUCGCAAGUGUCGACUAGUCUGGCUUCUAAAGAACGAGAGGUAGAUGCCGCUAUGCAGCAGCUCGGACGUUAUGAGGACGCCUAUAAAGGGCUUUUGAAUUGGUUGGAGGAGACUGAGGAGUUGAUGGAGAACCAGAAACCCCCAGCUGCUGAUUCUAAGGUAGCCAAGGCUCAACUGCAUGCUUACGAUGUUCUCAUGAAGCAUAUCGAGGAU